CGACGAGCGUCAGGCAGCAGCAGCGCGGAUUGCAAUUGAGCUAGUAGAGUAGAUAGACGACGUCAGUUCAGUAACGUUUUGGUAGUUGUCUUGAGUACUUAUGGAAUAAUUUAGUGUUUUUAAAACUAACAACGCUAUAAAACGAGAGUAAACGCAGAGAGAGCCAAAACCGUAUGAGAAGGAAUCCAUAGUCACAAGGGUCUCUUUAGGAAGAGAGAGUGGUCACCCAGAAUCAACAUUUCCGGUUGCUUCUCAUCGAUAAAUGUUACUGAUAGUUUGUAGGUGCUCCACGAAUGUAGUUUUGUGUAGUAUUGUGUAUUGUGUAUUUUGUCUCCGGUGCUUUGGAAGAGCGAUAGGAGUACACGACCAAGGGGAACCUGAGGACGAAUAGAUAGUGGUCUUUGGAAGGCAUCAAAAGCGAUUAAGUAAUCAGACUUGGCCGAAGUGACCGACAAGUCUUAAUUGGAAGAAUUGGUUCAAGGUGGUUUGUUGAGAAGCUGGCAAAGGUGGCUGGUACUUUGGAGUUGGAUCAAUUUGUCGCUGCGAAGAGAUUUGCUUAAGAAUUUUUGCCAUCGAGUUGAUUGUACAACAAUCAGAAAUCAAUUACAUAAUCCCCUCUGUGCUUGUGUGCGAAAGCGCAACGAGAGAAAACGGAACUGUGAGAGAACAUCAUAGGUCCUCCCGGGUUUUUUUUUCGGGGUGAGCUGAGCCAUCCCCGUCCAGGAUACAACCGCCACUCUCUCACAAGGGCAUCCAGAGGCAAAUUAAUGAAAAUUGCGAGAGAGUAAUUUCCGUUGAAUUGAAAAUAAAAUUUUUCACAUCAACUUGGAUUGUUAUAUAAGUCCUGUAAGGACAGCUCAGCGGGAAUCUCGCUCUGGGUCACAAGGAAGCAACCGAAGAGGCCAGGAAACUACGGAGUGAGCAAGAUAUUGUUACCUGUAUUCUUCGUGCGGAAAAAAGAUAAAAGAAUGUGGUGCAGUGGCGCGAAGGACAAACUUGUAAUGUGUUUGUGAGAGUGCUCCUUGCACUUUGUCCCAACCCCGGCAGUUAUCCUUGUUCUCCAACUACAAAGUUGCACAAGUGCUAUCUCUUUCCCACUCACCCACGUGAGUUUGUGUUAGUACCACCCCCGAAACCCAUUUGAAUUUCCCACCGGAAGGAGCGCGGGUGGUAUCCCAUAUCGGUGUGAAAAAGUAAACUUUCACGUGUGAGAAAAGGAUAAAUACUGUGUGGAAAAUUCGGGGUAAUAUUGAGUAUUUUGGAGGCUGAUAGUCAAGAAGUUGAGGGUGAAAGAUAUCGAUUUGAAUUUGAAGACAGCCAAAAUGAUGGAGGGUCACCCGGAAUUAAAUUCAGCUGGUACAGCGGGAUUACCUGCAGAAGUUCCAAAUGAUCCAGGAAAAAUGUUUAUUGGAGGCCUGAGUUGGCAAACAAGUCCAGAGAGUUUGAGAGACUAUUUUAGCAAAUUUGGAGAAAUCACAGAAGUGAUGGUUAUGAAGGAUCCCACAACAAGAAGAUCGAGCCAAUAUGACACCUACAUAUCUGGAUAUUCAGCUGAUUCUGUUCAUCAGUCUGUUUCAAGAGGGUUUGGAUUUAUCACAUUUGGUGACCCUUCAAGUGUGGACAAAGUCUUAGCACAGGGAACCCAUGAGCUAGAUGGAAAGAAGAUCGAUCCAAAAGUUGCAUUUCCACGUCGUGCUCAUCCAAAGAUGGUAACGAGAACAAAGAAAAUUUUUGUGGGUGGUCUUUCUGCUCCCACGACAUUGGAAGACGUCAAAAGUUACUUCGAACAAUUUGGACCGAUUGAAGAUGCAAUGCUAAUGUUUGAUAAACAGACUAAUAGGCAUAGAGGCUUUGGUUUUGUCACAUUUCAAAGUGAAGACGUAGUAGAUAAAGUAUGUGAAAUUCACUUCCACGAAAUCAACAAUAAAAUGGUGGAGUGCAAAAAGGCGCAGCCUAAAGAAGUGAUGCUACCGGCCAACCUGGCGAAGACUCGUGCCGCAGGAAGAGGAACUUAUGAUUUUAUGUGGUCGCUGGGAACUUUACCCGAUGGUUUCCCAGCAGCAGCGUAUGCUGCUUAUGCCGCGGGACGCGGCUAUUCGGGCUAUCCUAGUUUUGGACUACCUUACCCGACAGUUGAUCUAACAAAUGGCCAACUCACUCCCAACAACAAUACACCACUUCUCACUCAAGCGCUUUCUGUCAUGAAUAACUACCAGGCGGCAGCUGCGGCCGCUCAGGGCUUUGGUCCGCCGGCAUCGCCUCACACAGCCACUACCAGAAGCGGCUUCCCACCCGCAAACUCUCCAGGCCCCACCAUCGAUAUGUACAAUUCCAGUGGUGCUGAUAGCGUCGGUUAUGUUCAGGCGGCUAGUCCCCAGCCGUCUGGCUUUCCGGCCAUCGCUGUUAGUCGUGCGCCGCUAAACUACAGCCCGCUUUACUCUCACACGUUGCAGGGACCUCUUAUUCCAGCCGCCUUUACCAAUGGCUACCAUUAAAUAAGUGUUAGAACAAUUUUUUUCUUCUUAAGAUCUCAAUUGAGAGAAUACAUGAGAAAUAAAAAAAAGGGACGAGUGCUGUAGGGUGAGCAAUUUCACCAAGAACACAAAGUGUCUAAAAAAAAUUGUAGUAAAACGAUGGUGAAACUUCGCGCGACUGUGUCGAUUUUUAGAAGUUAGGUGAAGAAUUUAAGAAAAAAAAAUGUAGAGAAACGACGUGAGGGAUUUUUUCAAAUUUAAAAGAGAAAAAAAGAAACAGUAUUUGUUCAAACAACUACACAAAUUUACUAAAUAUAAAACACACAAAAAAUAUAAUAAAGAGAAACAAGAAAACAAUGUGAACAAAAAAUAUUAAGGUGAAGUAAUAAAAUUAAUAUUAACUAAAGAGUAAUAAUAAAAAUAUUUAAAAAAAAAUAAUUAAUUGAAUAAAAUCCGUGGACGGAAAAUAUUGAAAAGAGGUAAUUAAUUGUAAUAUUCAUAUACAUUAACAAAUAUGGAAAACAAUGAAUAAGAAAAAAAAUGAGGAAUUUAGGUACAUACACACAUUACACCAUGAGAAGGAAAAUCUUUAAUGCAAAGAUUAAUCGAGUAAAGUCAGUUUUUUUUCUAUGUAAUCCUCACAGUUCACGUGAUAGCACAACAAAUUUUAUUUUUAUAACACACCUCGAGCUAUGAUAAAAACUGACACCUAACUCCCUUCAUGCAACUUUCCACUGGAAAAAUGAUUACCUACUUUAGUGUGGAAAAUUCUCUGAAUACUUUCAAUAUUCUUUCAAGCCUUUCAUACGGUGAAAUCCCAUUAAUUACCUUAAUUUUGGAUUACAAGCAUCCUACGAAAGACUUGAAGGAAAUAAAAUCUAUAAAACAUUAUUUCUAACAGUGUCCUGCAAAAUUUUUUCUUAAUUUCAAUUGCACAUUAAUAUGUAGCACAAAAAAGAAAGAAGAUAAACCCAUAUUUGUAUGUUGGAAGGUUUUCCAUGGAACUGUUGCGAAAAAGAACAUAAUUGAGGUAUAAAUUUAAUAGACAGUAAUAAAAUCUAUUUAUAGUUAAAAGUGUAUAUUUUGAUAAAAGUAAGCCAAAUAAUAAAUUGGUCUUAUUUUCUUAUGCGCACUCAAUACAAUACACCCAUUUCAUUGGAAACAAUUUAAUUUAAUAACUUUUAUAAAUAAUAAAACUAAAUCAACAAAAUUAAGAAAGAAAAUUAUUUCAUCAUUUUAAUGGAGACUUUGAAACACUCUCUGUAUUGUAGAUAAAGAUCAAUUUUAUAUAAAAUGACAUGAAAUUUUCUUUUGCUGCUGAAAUGUUGAUUUUUGAGUGAUAUUCUCGAUAUUCUAAGAAGGAAUUAUGUUCCUUGCAUUUUAGAAUAUCAGUGUGGAAAAUUUUACACAAAUAUUUUUUUUUAAAGAAAAUGAUUAGAAAGAAAUUAUCAGAAUGAAUAUAAGUUAAAAAAAAUUACUGUGAUCCUCACGAAAUUAAAAUAUUUUUAAUAAUCAUUGCAAUAAUAUUUAUUUAUCCUAAAUAAAGGUAAUAUUGCAAUUUUUUUGCUAUCUGCCUAUUUUGACUAAAAUCUAAUUAUUUUUUUUAACCACACACUGUAGAAAGUUUUAGAUAAAUCAACAAAAAUAUCAUUUGAGCAGCUUGAGAAAUGUAAAAGGAUAUGAGAAAGUGGUUGAAGAUACUUUAAAAAAAAUCUUAUGAAUGACCUUCGGAUAACCCUUCCUUUUGGAAAGAAAACCCAGUAUAAAAUGCGCCUAAAAUCUUUUAAUUUUCAUCAAAUAGUGCUUAUAAAAUUUGAAGCAAUACGAGAACUUAAAAUUUCUCAAUCUGAAAAAUAUUAAAUAAAAAAAAAACGUACCAACUUUUUUACAUUUUCACAAGAAUAAAACAAAAAUUUGAGAGACAUUUUAGGAGUUUUAAAUAAUUUUUGACAAGUCAAGAAUUAAUAAUAAAAAAAGGUCAUCUAAUUUAUUUCAUAUAGAAGAGGUACAUAUGGGUAAGUAUACCUACAGUAUAAUACUUGAGAUCUUCUUAUAGUAAAGAAAAAGGAUAAAACUGUACUUGUUAUUGUUAAGAGAGUAAAAUUAAACAAAAAAAAAAAACGAAAGAAUGAAAGUAAAAAAGCAAUUGAUGUUUUUGUUCUACAAAAAUUUUAUUUUUUAAAUGAAAAAUAUUUUAUGAAUUGGCUUAACUAAAGAGACACGUUUUCUUGUUGUCUGCAAGGGAAGUUGAGAUUUUAUUUGAGUUAAACAGAACUUCCUUUUUGCCUUUUUAUUGGACUGACAAAUUUUAUUUGUUUGUCUAUUUACUCUUCCUGUUUUACCGUUCAAAGGAUUCAAAGUAAAUGAAAAAUCCUACAUUUUGAAUUCAGAUUUUUAAUGAAUAAAAAAAGCGACAAUAUUGAGAACAAAUAUAUUAAUUAAAAAAAAAAAGAUGAAUUCAUUUACGUGUGAUUCUCAAUCAAUACUUUUUAAUCAAAUAUAUGACACACAAUUCACUUUAUAUUGAUACAAUUCAAAUUGUCAUAUAGAGAUAAUUCAAAAUAAAGAAAAAAAGUAAAUACGGAAAGUUUACGAAGAUCUUUAGUGGUUCUAAUGUUUACUAUAAAAUAAUGAGGAAAAAAAAAAGAAUUUAAAGAACGGCGAAAAAAAAAGAUGUAUGUAUUAUUGAAUAGCAUUUGAGAAAUUGAAAUCUUCCAAAUAUCAUUUAAAUUUGAAAAUAAACAUUAAUUUUUCUUUAUUUUUUGUGCUCUCAGUCGAAAGCACGCGCUAUUUACCUGUUUAUUUCCAAGUAUUUCGUCAAACUGUUCACAUUCAGCGCGUGUUUUUUGACCAAAGCUUUUUACACUCAAUUUUAAAUAAAUCAUAAUAAAUGGGGCUUCAACCGAACCUCGAGGAAUUUUUUUAACAUAUACAUACAUUUAAAAGUAUUUAGGAAAAAAAAGAGGAAACAUAGAAAGAUCCCACACACCAAAAUAAAAAUAAUAAAAAAAAGUUAUUUAAAAUAGAAAUGAAAAUUUUGCAAUAAAACGUUUCUAUAUUUAAUAUUAUAAGUGAGAAAAUAAGAUGAUAUCUAUUGUGAAAAGAAAAUGAGGAAACCGUACACAUGAUACUAAAAAAAAAGAGAGAAAAUAUAAUAGUCAUGAUAAAAAAGACAUAAAACAUUUUAUAUAAUAUACAAUACAAUACAUACAUUACAUAAAUUUAAAAGAACAAUUGUCUUUAUUCACGUGGAAAAAACAGCUUUAAAUAUUUGAAAAGAAGAUAGAAAGUGAAAAAAAUGGUUAUUUUAUAAGGAGAUAUGGAAAGCCGUAGGUUACAAAAUAAAUUUAAAAAAAAAUAAAAGAAAGGAACAAAGAAAAUAAAAAUUACGUAUUUCAUUGGUAUGGUAUUAAAAAAAAUGUUUCAUGUGUUUUUAACCCACACCACGCUUCACACGCUUGCGUCAAAUUAAAAUCUGUCAUAUUUUCUUAUAAGAAUAUUAAAAAAAGAAAACUAAUAGAUUUUAAGAUUGAAUAUUUCAGUUUAGCUAUGACGUACAGAACAUGUCGUUUAUGUGCAACAAGGGUUGAAUUGGCUUAGAAAGAUAGCCUUUUGGGGCUUUUGUUGACUGGACGACUUCAGUAUGAUCAUGAACCUCUCAAGAGAGCUUUUGUAUGUAGACACGUUAUCGUCUAAUUAGCGUAAAUCACAAAGUAACUAAAUUUUAUCCAACGUUUUUAAAAUAACAUUAAUUCUAUUUUGAAAAAAAUCCUACUGCGCAUACACAUGUAGGUAAUAACCAUUUCGAGCCGAAAUAUUAUUCAUUUUGUAACAACUUAUUGAAAAAAAAAAUAGCUUGUCCAUUAUUUAUUCGGAUUAAAACCCAUAAGAAAUGAAAAUAUAUGAGGAAAAUCUGGAGCUUUAUGGGACAACCCAGUAAAUGUAAUAUCAAGUCGAAAUUAUUUCAACAAAAUUUAGCUUUAGAUAUUUUUUUCUGGAAAUGAAAUUAUCGUUGAAACUCCAUAGUUGAGGUCCAUGAGAGACCAUAUGGAUAAUGUUUAAUUACAUUUUCCUUCUUCUUCUUUAUUCCUAUCUUUCUGAACAGAAAAAAUAAGAAACAAUAAAGUUACUUUAAAAUCUAAUUGAGAUUUGUGAUGGUUCGCAUAGUACCUACCCGAAAAAGCAACAUCGAAGAAUUCAAGAAAUAAAUUUCUUUGGCGACAUUUUUUUUCGUGGAGAAGUACGAAAGCUCAAAAAAAAGCGAAUCACAUCAGAUGAGAUGACAAAAAGCUCUCUUGGAGAGGAUAGCAAAGAAAUUUAUUGGGAGCUAAUAGUGCUAAAAAAAAGCUCAUUUUGUGGGUAUUUUGUCAAAUGGGGCAGAAAGAUGGCGCAAAGAAAAAAAAUGUAUAGCAAAAAUUCUCUAUACAUCCUCAAACGUUAUAAAUUAUUUUCGCUUUUUCACACACAGGAAAAUCUCUUUAUCAUUGAUUUUUCCACAUUUUUUUUUACAAUCACCCUCUAUGGACAUGUUAGCAAUUUAUUCUUUCAAGUACAAGAAGUGGAGGCAAAGAGAAUCGCUGAAAGCAGCAGGAGUUUCAGCAGGAAAUAUGGCAGUAAAGAAGAAAGUAAAGAAAGUGGAAAGAUAUUAAUCUUUUUUGCGUGUACGUCGCACAGACUGAUUUUAAGAAGCAAUACAAAGAAAAAAAACAAUUUAAAAUUAAAUAUUUAAUUCAAAAUGCAUAAUAUGUGUACGAUUAAAUGUCACAGAGACAUAUAAGAAAAGGGUGUAAGAGAGGGUAACGUCCGAAACAAGGAAACUCAUUGUCGUAGCUUUUAGCCAAUUGUAGUGCUUUAAAAAAUAUGUUUCCAUGCAAGCAGCAGAUACGAAAAAAAAGAGAUAGAGGAAUGUCAUUUUUCAUAAAAUUCAAACAAAUUCAAAAAAAUGUUAUAAAGUGCUGAGAAUACGUUAGAUGAGAAGCACUAUGAUCAAACAUAACAUAAUUCACUUCCAUUAAAUUUUGUUGAGAGAAUCAUGAAAGAUUAUUGUUUUUUUUCUACUCAUUACUCAUUAAAAGAGAUCUUUUCGUUUGACAUGCAUUGCAAUAAAAUGCAGUAUGACGAUAAAUAUGUGGAGCAUUUGAAUGAAAUACGAGUUAAUAUUCAAUCUACAAAGAAAAUCGUUUUAUUUCAUUCAUUUUGAAAAAAAAAUAGAUGAGUGUGACUUAAAAUAUCAAAAUUAAAUAGAAUUGAAUAAAAAAAAUUAAAAGAAGAUGAAAUUAUAGGUCAAAAAUUAAACACGGAAUAGAGAGCAUAGUGGUUAACUGUUUGCCCAACAUGCGCUCCCACCGAUAUAAACUUAAAAGACAAACACGAGCGUGUGAAAUGAAUUACAUACUAUCAUUCUCUUAUUACGUUUAGGGCAAAUAAGUAUCCUAUAUAUAAAAGAUCUAUAGAAACUCUCUAUCUCGUCCACAAAAAAUCACUUUAAAAAAUUAAAAAUAUUUUACCAUUCAUCAAGAGCUUGAAUACUUGAAAAAAAAAUAAAAGAAGAUUUUCCUUAAUAAAUUCAAGAAAUUAUUCGCGAUGCUUUAAACGUUAAUAAGUCCCCCGUGUAUCGUAAGACCCCAUUAACAAAUAUUCAAACAUAGAUUUCAGUCACACCGCUUAAAAAAUUUUAUUUUUCAAAUUUCUUUCUCAGAAGAUUAAAAUGAAAAAGAAGUCAAUAGAAGAGAGUGGUAGAAAAACAAGUUAUUGAUAUUAUAUUUCGAAGAAAAAGCAAAGAAACGCUCCUAGAAAGAUGGGAAAGUCAAAAAUGAGGGUAUUUUUGACAGGAGAUAAAAAUCAAUUUAAAUAGGUCAAUUAAACAAAUUGGAUACUGUAAUAUAAAUUAUAUAAAUAAUGUUUUUGUGUGUAUAUUGCCAAAAAAAUAUACAGACGAAAUUGUACAUAAUCCUAAGAGAAUUUUGUGAAGAAGAAAAAAGAAAUAAAGAAAUCACUUUUUUGCGUCACAAGAAAAACUAAAAGUAUAUUACAAAAUAAUAAGCCGCAAUCCAUGAUAUAUUUAAUUGAAAUAUUAAGAUGAAAUUUAUUCCUUUCUUCCCUUCCCGUCCUAAAAGAAGAAAAAUAAUAUGAAGCAGAAAAUUAAACUUCACUAUAGUUUCGAUUAAGUGAAAGGAACUUAAUAAAAGAAAAUUACAUACAUAGAUAAUAAUCAAAUUAAUUAAAUCAAAAAUUUUAGGUUUAUCGUAGAUUUUUUAUCUCCUUUUUCAAUUACAUAUAUUGAGAUAUUUCUUCUCAUUCACCUUAGUUACUCUAAUUUUUAAAGAAAAAUCAUUAGAUACGAUGAAUCCAAUCAAAAAGAAAUUGACAAAAUUUUAUCAGUUUGUCUCUAAUGCAAAUGUUAAAUUUACCUUUAGAUAGUAAAUGAAAGAAAUAAAAGAAAAACAAGUUCAUUGUUUCAAUUGGCUUAAAAUAGUAAUAUGUACGGAAAUCCGAGAAAAAUCAAGAAGAAAUGGAACAUUUUACGAUCGCAUUCAGUAGCAAAUCAAUAAAAAAAAAAUAAUGUAAAUACAUAACUUAAAAAGAAUUGUUUUAUUUCUAUUUGCUUAAGUACAUUGAACAUGAAAAACACAUUUUUUAGGUUAUAAAAUGCAAAAAGCUUUUUAGUUUUAAUUCACAUUACUAUUAUACAGAUUUUUCUUUAAAUCAAAAAUAUUUUUUAACUAUAAAAAAAAGAAAAUGAAGUUAAAUAAAUGAACUAAAUACAGGGUAAAAUUUAGUGACAAAGUAAAAUAAAAGAAAAUAAGGUAAAAUUCGAGACUUAAAUCAUUCAUUUAUUACAUUUUUUCACACAACUUACAAGAUAUCGAAGACAGGUUGAUAUAUAUAUGAAACGGAUUAUGCCAAAAAAAUGUUUGUUUUUUUAAUUAGAGAAAAAGAACACAUACAGAAUUUGUGGAUGAAUUAUUUGUACCAAAUGGUUAAAAACAAGUUAUAUCGAGAACUCUUGAAAUGCAAUGAAAUCGCUCCAAUGUCAAUUUAUUGAUACCAUAAAGAAAAUUAAUCAUAGCAUAUAUUAGUCUAAUUUUCCAUACAUAUAAAAUUUUUAAGUUAUCAUAUUAUACCUUUUUCCAUUUAACUUCAUUUUCAUAAAAUUCGAUUUACGAUGAGAAACUACGGAUAACAUUAAAAGUAUAAAUAUCCUUCACAAAAAGAAGUAUUUAUGAAAUUUGAAAUUCAUACUAAAAAAACACAAUAAAAUAUUACUUAUUAUAUAAACGGUGUAAUUUGAUAAUUAAAAAAAUUAUAUAUAUAAAUCCCGGCCUUAACAUCACGUGAAACUUCUUCUUAAGGAUAUAUAUUAGUACACUAGGUACAAUUUUCUUAUUAAAUACCUAAUUAAAAUUAUAUACAUAUAUUGACAAAAAAUAUAUAAAUAAGUAUGAUCAAACAUAUCUUAUAUAAUGUACAUGUAUAUAAAUAAUAUUAUCAAUUGGUUAUUUCUCAAAUAAAAACAAAAGAAAACGACAUUCUGUUGAGGGUACUAUUCAUCUGUUUGUUCCAUAUACAUAACAUAUUUAAGUGAUAAAUUAUUAAACUUUAAGUUUUUAUCUACAAAAUUAUUUGUAAAUGUUUUUCUCCUAAUAUUGGCAGUAUUGAAAAUAAAAAAAAAAUUAUUUCAAUAUUAUAAAGUAAAUAUCGUAAAUUAUAAAAACAAAUUCAGUUUAGUAAAUUUAACAUCAAUGGGAAUAAUUACAAGGAACUUAAAUCUAUGAAACAUUUUCACAGAUUCCAGCUUUAAACAAAAGUUCCCACUUACAAAAAUUGGUACCUAGACCUUCCUAUUUAUAUAAAAAACAACUUUCAAUUAGAAUAUUUUUAUGACUUAUUCUUCAAUUUUUUUUAUCUAUUUUUUUUUUCAUAAGUAUGUAUGUGUCUUACAUGUGCAGGGUGGCCAAGAAAUUAGGAAAUGAUUUUAAAUGCUAAUAACUUUUGAUUAGAUUGAGAUAUCUGAAAAAUUCAAUCUCAAUCAAAUCAAAAAUUAUUAGCUCUUAAAAUCAUGCCAUAAUUUCUUGGCCACCCUGUAUACCCUGUAUUAAUCAUUACAGUCACCUCCGUCUUAUUAUCUCCAAAUUAAAUUCUUCUUACACAUUAAACGUACUUAAUUGGUGAGAAGAAUGAUAUCGAGAGAUGCAUUAAGCGGGGUACGACUGUACUACACAUUACACAUUUCUUUUUAUUCAAAAUAUAAAAAUUUUCUUCAUUCUUUACACACACAAAAUGCUAAAAGAAAAAACACCGAUACAGAACUGUCAGUUAAUGAAAAAAAAUGAAAGAAAGAUAGAAAAACAUUUAGCAAAAAUGUGAAUUUGAUGAUGAAUAUAAACAUGGUCUAUUUUUUGAUAGAAAAAAUAUUAUGGAAACACAAAACAGAAGAAGUUGUGUGUAAAUAUAAAAAGAAAGAAAAAGAGGUACGACAGAAAAUAAUGAUGAUGAAAUUUAUUGAGUAAACAUACACCUAAACAAGUGAAAGAAAAAAGUAACACUAAAAUCUCGACAAUAUUAAAAUUAUAUAUUCGUAUAUAGUGAGUGAAAGUAAGUGAAAAUUAAACACUUCUUUAAUAAAUAAAAAUGGCUUAUUUGUGUAAAAUAAAAUCAACCCUUAUUUUAGAAAAGACAAUGUUGAAGUAAGAAAAUAUGUACUUAUUAUAAUAUUAUUAAUAUCUCCGUGUCAUGGGCCUUAUACUAUAAUACGAAAAAAAAACAAGUAAAAUAUGGCUCUCAAAUCUCAUCGAAUGAGAGCUGUAAAAUGAUGAAAAGUCUAAGAAAAUACCAUGAAGAACUUUAAAGAAAAAACACUGUGCGACAAAAUGGACGAAUAAAAAUCGAUUGAAAUUGAAGGUGAAAGCAUAUAAAGACAGAAAAUACGAUAGAAAAAUAAAAUGCAAUAAAAUGGUCCUUCAAUCAAAAGCACAAUGAGACCGAAUAAACUGGUGGAAAAGCGGAAGAAGAAAGACGCAUGAUUUUCCAUAGAAACGACGGAAAUUUCCACCCCAAAGGCCUCUCUAUUGUACUUCCAAAAGACUUUUUUUCCCUCUUUUUUGCCAUUGUUUAGGGCGCCUCUUUAACUUUCAAGUUAUGUACAUUAUCCAGAGAUUAUAGUUGGUGUCCAUGAAAAUUCUAUACUUCAUUUUUAUUUCUUUUUGACAUACAAAAGAGCUAGAAAUCCAUCUUUUAACUAUUAAAAAGAUAAUUUAUAUUUCGAAAAUUUUCGCAGGAAAAAAAUCUCAAAAUUCUCACUUAUUGCGUAAAGAAGGAAUUCUUGCAAUUCAGUAAGAAAAAUAUAACCGUUAGGGUUCAUUUCCUUUCGUAGGUAAAGCCAUCGAGAUGUAGGUACAGGCAUACAGUAUAAAUUGAUGAUGACAAAGUAGUUUAUUGGUUUUGUUUAAUUCUACUUCAUCAUCACCAGUAUUUAGGUCAAUCAAUCAGUGAAAUUGACAUCAAAUAUCCUAUUUCACUAAAUCAGCCUGUCUGAAGAUAUAUAAAAAUUUAAAACAAACGAAAGAGCUAACAGAACAAACUUCAUGGACACCACUUCCUCCGGUUGUCAUCAUCUCUCAAAUAAUAAAAGAAUAAUAAAAGUAGAGAUGGCUCAAGCAAAAAUUAUAAGUUCAUUAAUAACUUUCUUUUAAUACAAAGAAAAAUUAAACAUUCAAUAAAACCUGCGCAAAGUGGUUCUUCAUGUCUUAAAGUACCUACCUAUAGAAGACAUAGGUAUAUGUCUCUUCGAGUGAGAGCCGUAUAAGUGUUUGUCAGAAUGGACAAAAUUCUUUUCAUAUACCUACUUUCCAUGAAUAUUUUCAUUUUAUUUAUACCUAUCUCACAGUUUCCCUGAUUGGAGAAAAUAAUUUUAACCCGGAGGAUCUUGUAGAGAAAGAAGAAGGAAUCGCCAAAAACUGAGAUUACAUAGAAAAUAGCUAGCUAAGAUUUCAUACAAAAUGCCCAAAAAAUUAGCGGCCAUUAUCAAUAUUGUCCCUUUUCUUCAAAGAAUUUGUCGCAACGAAAUAUGAAUGCGAACAUUUUGAAACAUUUAAGGGGCCAAUAUUGGUAACAGGCGCCAAUUUUUGGACAUUUUGUAUGAAACCUUUGCUUCUCAUUCUCUUUUGAUUCUUUAAAAGAUUAUGUGGGUUAAAAUUUUUCUCGGCUCAGGGUAACUUUCAUAUAUAGCUGAAUAGACUCCUUUAUAUGUAUAAAUUCGGUAAAAAAAAUAUUUAUAUAAUUUUAUUAUUUAAUUUAACUAUAAUUGUAUUAUUACAAAAAAAAGAAGCAAACAGAACCCAGUGUAUCUUAUCUAAUUAAUUAUAUAGAAUACAUCAAGUAGAUACCUAAAUAUAUAACUUAUGUAUUACUAUAUUUUCUUAAAGUUACUUUAAUUCCUUAAAAAUUCACCCAUUCCCACCCGUGCGUAAAGUCUUAAAUAUUACACUAAAAAAAACAAUGAAAAGCACUAUACUUGCACCCAUAAGUUAAAGCUAAAAUUAAAAGGAAAUAUUAUAGUGAAAACAAAUGAUAUUGUAAAAAUAUUCUUAGACUUUUUUUUUAGUUAAUCUGUAAAAAGAACCUUGAAGAAAAUGAAAAUUAGUUGGUAUACCACAAUCGUGGCAUACCAAGUAUUUCCUAUUUUUUUUGAAAUCAAAUGAUAUCACAUCCUAAGAAAAAAAUCCUUUAUACUUAAAAACCAUCUUUUAGGUUUUUUUUUGGAAUUUCUGGAAUUCAAAGUAGCAAAUUCUUUUGAAAAAUAUAGAAAAGCGAAUGACGUAAUUAAUUUAUCUGAUAUGAAAUAGAUGAAAUUAUAUACUUUUACACCAUACGCCAAACGCACAUUACGCUUUUCAAGUAAAUUCACAAGUUAUUUGUAUUUCACUCAAAACUGAUUAAAGAUGUCAGAAAAUUAUUAGAAAAAAAAAAGAAAUGCCAACAUAAAUUUUUAAACAAGGACGACACAUUGUGCAAUAAUUUUUGGAAUAAAAAGUCAAACUUUUAUAAGUUUAUGUGAAUAGUUUAAAUCUUUGGUAACUAUAAUGAAAAGAAAAAAAUCCAGAGAACUCUUAUAGGAGAAUGUUAUAUAUAAAAAAAACUAUGAAAGAAAAAAAAACAUUUUUAAAAUUUACAUUAUAAAACUUGAGGAAGGAGGAGUAAAAAAAUGAAAAAUAAAAGCAAUAACCACACAAAUUUUUCUAUAUAUACAUUACAUUAUAUAUUGAAUUAUUAUAUAUUUAAAGGAAAAAAAAGAAAUAAAUACAGAAUUAAUACAUUAAAAUAACUGUACAUGAAAAGCUUUGAAAGGUAUUUAACAAUAUUAUUAAGGAAAAUGGAAAAAAAAUGAAAGAGGAAGUUUAAAUAUAUAAACACUAUAUUUAUCAAUUAGUAAAAUAUAUAUCUAUGAUUAUGAAAAAUAAUGUGAGAAAAUAAUGGAAACACAAACUUUUAAUUGAUUCUUACUCAAUUAUUAAAAAAAAAAAGAAAAUGUUUAAGAAAAUCCAAAGUAAAAAAAAAAGAAAACAUUUAAGUCAUAAGACAACAAAUUAAUACAUGUUAAAUUAAAGAGAAAAAAAACAUUUGAAAUGUAAAACAUUAAAAGAAACAUGGAAAACACUGUGUAAUAAUUAAAAUGAUGAGGAUAGAAACGAAGAAGAAAACUAUCUUAAGAAUGUAUUUUAAUAAAUAAAAUGAAAAAGAAAAUAAUAUUAAAUUAAAACAAAGAAAGUGACAUGCAAACCAUUUUGGAAUAAAUACGCAAAGUUUCAUCUGGAAAAACAAACAAACAAUACCAUAUUAAUUAAAGAAAAAAAAACUUUCAAGAGAUCUAUUUUAAUAAUUUAAGGCAUGUUUUUACAUAAUUUUCAUUCUAAAUAGUCAAUCAAUGAAACAUUAGGAGUGACUCAUGCUUCAAGGAACAAAAAGACAAGAGAUAAGAAAAAAUGGACAAGAUUAGCAAGAGAUUGUAAAGAUAAAAAAACCAUCCACCAUUUUUGGAAAAGUUCACAUCUAAAAUUUUCCUUCCAUUUCUCCACAUCAUCACAGCCAUCCCAUAUAUAAAUGAAUGUCCAACAUCCACUACAAGAUCACUGAUUUAUAGAUUAAAGUAAAACUAUAAUGAUAAUAAAGAAAACAGAAAGAAAUACGUAUAAAGUUUAAGAAAUAAAUAUUAUUUAGUCAUUCUAACUUACAUAUAGAUUUCUUUACUCAAAGUAAAAAAAAAAUGGAAGAAUGUAACAUUUUCACACAACGGAAAAAAAUAAAGAAAACCAAAAAAUUACCUACAGCAUAAUGUUAAACUAUUUGAACAAAAAAAAAAUUUUACAAAGAAUUAAAUAGAAAAUAAAAAAAAAGAACAGAACCCUAAAGAAAGAAACUCGCCACUCACGAAUACAAUUUACUUUAUUUUAGAAUUCUUUAACUUUAAAAAAAAAUGACGUUUAUAAAAUUGAAUAUUUACAGAAAAACCAUUUAAAUCUCGUAAAAAGAUGGCAAAUAAAGCAAAAAAAAACCAGUGGAAGAAUUAUGGAAAGAGAUGUAAUAAUCUUAAAUUAAUUAAAAUAUAAAAACGAGGAGAAAUUAUAAAACAAUUAAAUGAAAUUUUAUUGAAAUAAAAGAAAUAUUAUUAUGAAUGUGUGAUGGAUGUAUACAUAAAAUAAUUGUACAAUGUACAUAAGAUGAAACAAGAAAUAAAGAACCCUAUGACAAA